CCGGUCAGUGACACGGUGUGGACCAUGAUGCACUGCGGCUGGUCUCUGUUAGGUCCGCUGCAGUGGAUCCAUUACGUCAACAAACAGGUGAAGGUAAAGGCGGGAAAAGAUGAAGAGCACCGUGGCUGGCUGCUCACCGUGGACCCGGUGUCUGCCAGUCUGGUUCUGGUGGACUUCAGGGAGGAGGGUGGUGUGUCGGUGCAGGUGGUGAUGGGUCACGCUGUGGAGGAGGUGGAGGUCCUGCAGGAGGCUGAUGAGGAGACUGCCGAGCGUCUGCAGACCUCAUUCCUCCCCCCGAGGACGCGCAUGAUGGACUCAGAGGAGCUGAGGAGGCGGAGGGGUGCGGUCCGGGGGUUGCUGGAGAAGAACCGGGUCCCGGUGGAGGAGGAGGGGGAGGAGCUAAAGGUGGCAGGGGUCCUGAUCAUCACAGCCCCAUACAGACCGGAAGACUGCUGCAGCUCGAACCAGAUUAUCCUGGACCGCAUCCAGAAACUGAUGACUGACUGACUGUCUAAAUCUUUUUGUCCAGUAAAAAUCACUGAAGGCUGAAGCCCUGCCUUUAGCUGAUGAUGUCAUCAGUGUAAUGAGUCUUGUCACUUGUCAAUCAAAAAUCAAUAAAUUCUGAUGAACUGCUAA